AUAUUAUCGAGACGUGGAAUUAUUUUUGGCAGCAGUGGAGUCAAGAUGGCGGCGCAGUUCGAGUACGACGAAUCUGGUGGCACAUCCCUGUACUUUCUGGUCUCUUUCUAUGCUCUGGUUCUCUUCCCAGUCACUUACUAUUUAUGGCCUUCAAAACCAAAGAAAGAUGACCCACAGAAGUUGAAGAAGCAGUGUCAGUGCGAUCCGUGUGAAAUCAAGAGAGCAAUACUGCAAGCUCAAAAGCCUACUCAGAGACUGCGUCAUGCUUUCAAGUGGCUAUUUCUGUUCGGUGCUUGGGCUCUGUUCAUAUACCUGGCCAUCCAGGCAUCUCAGGUGGAGCGAGAUCACAUCGAGUAUGAUCCCUACGACAUUCUGGAACUGGAUAGGGGCGCAUCACAAGCAGAGAUAAAGAGGAAAUACCGUCUUCUCACCAAGACCAAACAUCCCGAUAAAGGCGGGGACCCUGUGGAGUUCAUUAGGAUAGCCAAAGCCUAUGCUGCAUUAACUAACGAUGAAUCGAGAGAGAACUGGGAGAAAUUUGGCAAUCCUGAUGGCCCAACAGCUACAAGUUUUGGCAUUGCCUUGCCUGCAUGGAUUGUGGAUCAGAACAAUUCAAUUCUGGUUCUAGGGAUAUAUGGAUUGGCGUUCAUGGUCAUUCUACCUAUUGCUGUGGGCACAUGGUGGUAUCGUUCCAUCCGUUACAGCGCAGUGGAAGUUCUUCUUGAUACGUCUCAACUUUUCCUUCACUUCAUCUACAAGACGCCCUGCCUAAAUCUCAAACGCGCUUUGAUGAUUCUGUCUGGAUCCUUUGAGUUUGAGGAGAAGCACAACAAUGAGAUAGUUCUCCGUCCCAGCGACAACGAAGAACUGCCGCCAUUGAUGCGAGAGUUUGACAGCGAGUACGGCAAGAAGAGCAAGGAGAAGCCCUUCGUCUAUCCUUACAGUCGUAAGGCUCGUAUCUUACUCUACGCUCAUCUGGCCAGGACCGACCUGCCUCCUGACACUCUGGAAGUUGAUAAGAGAUACAUCAUCAAUAAGUGUCCGCAGUUGAUUCAAGAGAUGGUCAACACAGCCUCUCAGCUGGUCACCUGGAAAAACUACGGCAGAGUGGCUAAGGAGCCUCGUCUGGAGUCCAUAGAGUUUCUCAUGCGUCAGAGUCCGAUGAUUGUCCAGGCAUGCUGGGACAAGGCGCCGUUGCUACAACUGCCACAUUUCACCGAGGAUACCCUGCGGAAAAAGCGCCACAUUAAAACUCUCGGCCAGUUCGUCAAAAUGAAGGACGUGGAUCGAAGGAACAUACUGCGUCAUCUUCAUGAGAAGCAAUACCAAGACAUCAUGAACGUCUUGAAGUCACUGCCCAGACUGGAUGCUGAUGUGGAACUAGAAGUUCUUGCCGAUGAUGACAAGAAGACGAUUACAGCAGGAUCUCUGGUGACAGCCACAGUCACGUUGAGGAGAGGAACCUUCCAGGUAUCGGAGCAAGAGGUCAAUGGUGCCAUUGAGGCGGUAGAGGAGGUCGAAGAGACACACGAAGAAGAGAAAACUGAUUCCCCGCUUCCACACAAACCCAAGACCCACGUCUGGGAAAAACACCGGAAGAAGAAAGGAAAAGGAGGAGGGGGCGGGCCCAAGCACAAGCCCAACAAGAAGGCGGCGACCAAGAAGGCAGCCCCAGCCACAGCAGCAACGGGCAAAGCAGCAGAGGACUCACCCCAGCACAACGGCAAGGGGGCUGCUAAUCACGUUAGUAACAACACCAAAGGGGCAAUCCAGGACAUUGCAGUGAGCAAAGAUUCUGGGGACAGUGGGAGCGAAUCAGACAACGAGCAAGAAGACAACAGCAAAAACUCUGGCAGUGAGGAUAACCUGAGUAGUGAUGGAGGUGAACAAGAAGAAGAGGAAUGGGAGAGGUUACAGUCCGGCAUCACUCGCAAAGAGAAGGUCCUCGAAGGAACCUCAAAGGUGUCUCAUGAGGUUCAUGCUCCAUACUUUCCCGAGGUCAAGCAGGAAUGGUGGUGGAUCUAUCUUGCUGAUAGGAAGACGCAUCGCAUCGUCACACUGCCUCAGAUGGUCUAUGAUCUGGUAGACGAGAAAGAUGUGGAGUUGAAGUUCCCGGCACCUCAUAAAGGUCUGUAUCAGUACCAACUAUGUGUCCGCUCUGACUCCUAUCUGGACGUAGAUUACAUCAAAACGAUUAAGGUGGACGUCAAAGAAGCCAAGAAGAUGGAGGAGACGCACCCCCAGUGGGACAUCUCAGAUGAUGAAGAGAAGGAGGAAGGCGACAGUGACGUCUCAGAUUACACCACCGAUGAUGAGGGUAGCGAUGAGGAAUAGAUCCUAGAAUCCAUCCAGUAUAGGGAGGGGGUCGGUCAGGAGCUCUUGAGAAUCCAUGCUGUAUAGGGAGGGGAGUGAUGGAGAAUAGACCCUUGAAUCCAUGCAGUAUAGGGAGGGGUUAGUGAGGAGCCCAGGAGAAUCCAUGCAGCAAAGGGAGACAAUUGAAUGGAGCACUAAGGUAUCCACGCAGCUGUGCUGUACUCGUAUUUGAGUACAUUUUUUUGGUACUCGUACUUGUACUUGACCAAUCACCGUUUGCGAGUUAGCCACGCCCCUUAGACAACCCUAUGGAGUUUUUGUACACUAUGUUUGGUUCGUCUGAGAUUUUGCACGUUCGGCGUCCAUGUUGUAUAUCAUGUAAUUGGACAAUAUUUCACAAGCUGCGUUGAUGCGAUUCUAACGUGAUUCUACCGUGAUAGGUCAAUGGUACUCGUGCUCACGACAAAGUACGCGUACUCAUACUGUGCUCUUGGUAAAGUACUCGUACUUGUACUCAUGAAAAUGUACUCGACUACAACACUGCUAUGUAGGAAAGGGAGAUGCCAGUAAAGGGCGCUGGAGAAUCCAUACAGUAAAGGGAGAUACUAGGACAGAGCAUGGGAGAAUCCAUGUAGCACAGGGAGGAGUAGAGGUGGAGCAAAAGUCGCGUCUUUAUCUUUUCUCUGAUUAUCAUGCAUCCUUAAUAAUUUAAAGUUCUAAUUCUUUUUAGGGUAUGAAUUAUUUGUAUAUGUUAGAUUUAGCUGUAGUUGGAUAGUUACUCGAGCGAUUGGAAUAAUUACGUUUUGACCUGGGGUGAACCAAACGAAUGGUCAGUCUGGUGGCAGUACUUUUUGUUGUUUUACCGGUUGUAGGGGGUCUGCUCUUAUGUCCGACGCCUCAUAGGUCCGACACCUCAAAGGUUCGAAAUUUCGGACUUAUGAGGCGUCGGACUUCUGAAGCGUCGGACUUACGAGGCAUACAAUUUAUUUAUUCCACCUCAAAGGUCGGGCGCCGCAUUAGUCUGACGCCUCAUAGCUCCGACACCUCAUAAGUCAGUAACAGCAUUUGUCCAUUGUCGAACUUAUGAGGCGUCGGACCUAUGAGGGGUAAUUUAUGCCUCAUAAGUCCGACGCCUCAUAAUCGGACUUAUGAGGCAUCGGACCUAUGAGGCAUCAGACUUAUGAUACGGCCCCGGUUGUAGGUCAACCGUGCGUCGGGAAAUCGUCUAGAGUAAAAAAAAAAGGCAGGUUCGGAUGAGGCCUGACGGUGAAAAAUUCUGGAGGGAAAUUGGAUUUUAUUUUUUGAAUAUAGGAACAUAUCUAACAUUUUGUGGGGAAAAAAUUACAAAUUGGAAAAUGUUGGAAAAAUUGAAUUGUAUUUUUAGAAAUGUUGCUCUUUAACCAGUUGGCGCUGGGAUUAUUUUGUCUUGACGGGACCCAGUUGCGGGAUAUUUUUCACAAACCUCGAUACCAGAUGGGUUCAGGCCGUCAUCUGCGGGUAGCCCAAAACCUUUUUGUGUAUACAGGUCAUCCGAGAUGAACUGGUUAGCAAUGACUAUAAAGUCUUGCCGAUCUGCGCCUGUUGUGCACUGUAGGGCUUACUGUGAUGUUUUUAUCGCAACAAGGAAUUUCAUCAAUAUUCUUGAUUUUUUUGGUAUGAAUAUAGAGUAUGAACUAAACGCCAAUGGAAUAUUAAAUGCACUCUAUCUGCUUUUCAUGAGCUGUCCAUAGACUUCUCCGUUCAACCAAAAUUAACCAUCAUCUGCCUCGAGAUUUUCAUAGUGAAGGCAAAAACAAAACAAAUUGGCAUUUGUACAUAUUAACAGAUUGACAAGUACAAGUUAUGUAAAGAAACAAAAUCUUAUUUCUUGGGAAUUAACAGUUGCUUCAAAUAUUAAUAACAUUCGUGUUUAUUAACUUCCAAUUUCUGCAAGGAAAGAUAAUUUAAUGAUUUAUGUCCAUUAUUUUGUGACUACUUUUGGUCAGUUUAAAAUUAACGAUUAUUUAGGGCUGAUGUUCCCAACUGAGCUGAUGAUCACUUUGUCGAUUGUAUUUUGUUUUUCUUCAAUAUCAGAGAGUUCCUGUCAUUGUACUUGUAACUGCAAGUUUAUUUUCAAUGUUUUGUGUCAUAAAUGGACAGUUUUAAGCAGAUAUGAUAAUAAAAUACUUGGGCAAUGACGUAUAAAUUCA